AUGAAUCCCAAUAGAAAGGAUUGGAGUCUCCGCCUCAAUGAUGCACUCUGGGCUUAUAGGACAGCAUACAAAACACCGAUUAACAUGUCCCCUUACCGGUUAGUUUAUGGUAUGCCUUGUCAUCUCCCAGUUGAACUUGAACACAAGGCACUUUGGGUAGUUAAGCAAUGCAACAUGAACUUAGGUGCAGCAGGUGAUCAAAGAAAGCUUCAACUCAAUAAACUUGAGGAAAAUCAAAAUGACACCUAUGAAAGUUCAAGAAUUUAUAAGAAAAAAACUAAGACGUACCAUGAUAAAAUGAUUUCAAGAAAGGCUUUUGUUGUUGGCCAAAAAGUUCUUCUUUUCCACUCGUACCUCAAGUUAUUUCCAGGUAAAUUACGUUCUCGAUGGAUUGGCCCUUUUGUUGUUACUAAUAUCUUUCCUCAUGGUGCAGUAGAAAUCAAAAGCCUUCAGAUUGAAAAAGAGUUUAAGAUGAAUGAGCAUUGA